UGACCCCCAAACUGUUUCCAGUGGCUCUGCAAUGAUUUGGAUUCGCAGAGUCUGACAGAUUUCUGCUGAAAAUGUCUUCAUGUGACUCAACCUGCGCUCACCUUUCCAUUUGGUUCUCAAACUCUCCUUCCUGCUCCGCGGGCCGCCUGGCUGGGCCUCAACCCGGCCCGAUUCGGUUCGGCCCGGCUCGGUUCGGCCCGGCUCGGCAGCGCAGGCUUUAAUGAUGUAAAACAACAAGGCUGGAGUCAGCGCAGAGAGACGCUCCGAGCCGCUUGGCGAGAGAGGAAGAGCCGAGGAGCUUCAGAGUCCCGCACCAUGCCGAGGUCCUUCCUGGUGAAGAGCAAACGGGCCCACAGCUACCACCAGCCCCGCUGCCCGGACGAUGGCUACGCCAGGCUGGACACUCUCCUGGCUCACGUAUGCGCAGCAGCCAGCAGGUCUCAGGAGGAGCUCGCGACCAAACUGGAGCCCGAGGAAAACCCGAGCGCCGGCAGAGAGUCUUCGGGCUCCAGCCGGCGGUCCCGGGGGUCGCUGUCCUCCAGCUCCCCGCUGAGCUGCGGCGGCAGCGGGUCCGAGCGACACUCCGACUGUGAUUUCUGGCGCCCGCCGUCUCCGUCCUCCUCACCAGACUCGGAGAAAUGCCCCACACCCGCAGCGGAGGACGCCCCCUUCAACAUCCCGCUCCUUCCUUACUCCUGGUCGGCGUACUCCGGCGCAGAUCUGAGGCAUCUGGUUCAGGGGCCCUAUCAGCGCCGGCGGCAUAUCCGGGGCCACGGGGGGUCCCAUUCACCCGCAGCGGGGAUCUACGGGACAGAGCACGGCGGUGGCGGCGGCGGCAGUGAGCGCGUUUACCCGCAGCGGGGCCUCGGGUCCGGCUGUUACCAGGAAUAUUCCCCGUGCGCGGGCCGCGGGAUCUACAGGAUGCGGGUCGGGGGCGAGCUGUACGCGGAGGCCAAGCAGAAGGAAAUCAAAUCUGAGGAAGACUUUCUGCACUCUAACGUGGAGGAAAACGGAUCCUACAAGUGCAUCAAAUGCUGCAAGGUUUUCUCCACGCCCCACGGCCUGGAGGUGCAUGUUCGGCGCUCGCACAGCGGGACGCGGCCUUUUGAGUGCGGGAUCUGCGGGAAAACCUUCGGACACGCAGUGAGCCUGGAUCAGCACCGAGCUGUUCACUCCCAGGAAAGGAGCUUCAGCUGUAAAAUCUGCGGGAAGAGCUUUAAGCGUUCCUCCACCCUCUCCACCCACCUGCUCAUCCACUCAGACACUCGGCCCUAUCCCUGCCAGUACUGCGGCAAGAGGUUCCACCAGAAGUCCGACAUGAAAAAGCACACUUUCAUCCACACAGGCGAGAAGCCGCACAAGUGCCAGGUGUGCGGGAAGGCUUUCAGUCAGAGCUCCAACCUGAUCACCCACAGCAGGAAGCACACGGGCUUCAAGCCGUUUGGCUGCGACCUCUGUGGGAAAGGCUUCCAGAGGAAGGUGGACCUGAGGAGGCACAAGGAGACGCAGCACGGACUGAAAUGAGCCGAUUUCCUCAGAUUUCCACUGAACAUGGGCCGGCGUUUUCGUUUCCUGUUCUGAACUGCUGUUUUUUUUUUUCUUCCUAUUUAACUGAUAUUUAUCAUUUGUUUUCACAAUUAUUAUAAAAAUGGAGCUAAAUGAUACAUUUCCAAGAUUGAACAUUUGGAUCAGCUUUAUAAAAUGUCUUCUAUUUGUUUAUAUAAACAUGGAUUAAAUGUUAACUUAAAGGUC